UGGCUCGAUCGUCUUCCGGUGCUCGUAGACCAAAGAAUAAGAAGGCGGACGCUCGCACGCAGUCACUUGGAAGAAGAUGGCGGAGGUUGAAGUAGCAUCUGUUAAAAAGAAGAAAGGGAAGAAAGUCUGCGAUGAAGAAGUUGGGGAGAUCCAGAGGAGUGCUGACUUUUUCAUCCAGCCAGAGUCCAAGGCAACAUCUUUAAACACAUCACAAUGGCCCCUCCUUCUCAAGAACUUCGAUAAGCUGAAUGUGCGGACGGGCCACUACACUCCCCUGCCCAACGGCAGCAACCCCCUGAAGAGGAACAUUGCAGAUUACGUCAGGUCUGGCUUCAUCAAUUUGGACAAGCCAGCCAACCCAUCAUCCCAUGAGGUGGUUGCGUGGAUUCGUAGGAUUCUGCGAGUGGAGAAAACUGGACACAGUGGGACGCUGGAUCCCAAGGUCACUGGCUGCCUGAUUGUGUGUAUAGACCGUGCCACACGAUUGGUCAAAUCGCAGCAGAGUGCAGGUAAAGAGUAUGUGGGGAUCGUCCGGUUGCACAAUGCAGUGGAGAACCAGCACGCUCUGGCCCGGGCACUGGAAACGCUUACAGGAGCCUUAUUCCAGCGGCCGCCACUGAUCGCUGCUGUGAAGCGCCAGCUUAGAGUCCGGACCAUCUAUGAGAGCAAACUGAUAGAGUAUGACCCGGAACGAAGGCUGGGCAUCUUCUGGGUGAGCUGUGAAGCAGGAACAUACAUCCGGACUCUGUGUGUGCACCUGGGGCUGCUCCUCGGCGUUGGCGGUCAGAUGCAGGAGCUGAGGAGAGUCCGAUCUGGCGUUUUGGGGGAGAAGGACAACAUGGUAACCAUGCACGACGUUCUAGACGCGCAGUGGCAGUUUGACCACAACAAGGACGAGACGUACCUGCGAAGGGUCAUUUUCCCCCUGGAGAAGCUGCUGGUGUCGCACCGGCGGCUGGUGAUGAAGGACAGUUCGGUCAACGCCAUCUGUUAUGGAGCAAAAAUCAUGCUGCCAGGUGUGCUCAGGUAUGAAGACGGCAUCGAGGUUAACCAGGACAUUGUUGUCAUAACAACCAAAGGAGAAGCCAUUUGCACAGCUGUUGCCCUGAUGACCACGGCCGUCAUCUCCACAUGUGACCACGGCUUUGUGGCAAAGAUCAAAAGGGUGAUCAUGGAGCGGGACACUUAUCCUCGGAAGUGGGGUCUGGGCCCAAAGGCGACUCAGAAGAAGGCGAUGAUUCAAAAGGGUCUCCUGGACAAACAUGGAAAGCCCAACGGCAGCACGCCACAGGACUGGAAAGAGCACUAUGUGGACUACAGCGUCUCAGUGGCAGCAGCAGAAGCUCCUGACUCUUCAGUGAAGAGGAAAAGGGAGGCAUCAGGCAGUGAUGGCGAAGCGGCGCCCACGAGCGCGUCCCCAGAGGAGAUGAAGAAAGAAAAGAAGAAAAAGAAAAAGGAGAAGCGGUCCAGAAUGGAGGAGGCGGAGCCACAGGAGACGGACACAGUGCAAGAUCAGGUCACAGAAAGUGCCAAGAAAAAAAAAAAGAAGAAACGAGAAGAACCUGGCUCGGAGUGAUGAUGUCAUAAACGGGCUUGUCCGAACUUCUAAUGGGCCUCAGCAGUCUGUGGCGGUGUCAUGGCGUCUGUGGGGAUGGCGUGUUUUGUGCCUGCAGAAACGACCUCAUGCUGACAACAUUCAGAAGCAGAAGAGUUUUUGUAUAGAAGUGAUCAAAUUCUUGUGUAAAUAUUUUACUUUUUUAUGGCAAAAUAAAAUAAAUUUUCUGUUUGGAACUGAA